CUUUCGCGGGCUUUUUUUCAGUACAAGAAGUUGCUUAAUGGCGGAGUAAAUAAGCUGAACGUCGGAGAGACAAGCAGCGAGCCAGGGACCCACGAUGGAGAAGUACACGCAGAUCGGCGAGGAGUUCUACGAAUUGGAGAGGAGGAAGAAGACCUAUGAUGACCGCUGGCCCUACAAGGAGAACUGCGCGUGUACCCCGGAGCAGAUGGCAAUAGCCGGAUUCCUCCACCAGCCAUCCGAUGAGGAGGUGGAUGCAGUAAUCUGCUUCUUCUGCUUUAAGGAGCUGGACGGCUGGGAACAGGAUGACGUGCCUUUGAUGGAACACAAGAAACAUUCAAGUGAUUGUGGAUUCCUGACGCGCAAGAAAGAAUUUGAAGAUCUUACAGUCCAAGAGUUUAUAAUUCUGGAAACGGAGCGACAAAAGAACCUGUUGAAAAAGGUCAUAUCGACGAAGAAGACGGAGUUUCUGUACCAGGCGGAUGCUGUUCGGCGGCAGCUCGAACAGCUCCACGAUCUGUAGAGAUUGUUGCGAGACCGAGAACCAAGUACUUAAAUCGCACGAGUCGAAUCGCGGAUGGCGCCAAAGCUUGUAAAUACGAUGGGGGCAAUUUUAAGGCAGUCGUCGCCUGCAAUUCUCUUACGGCACCAUUUUCCGUUUUGAAAAUAAUACAUAUAGAGCUGCCGAAUUCUGGAUAAAUGGAUCGCUCCUCCCCAGCAUGGUAAUUUGUGGUAACUUCCAAACAACCGCAAGUCGGAUCUGAACACAUGAUUGGUUUAAGUAACUGCGACUUGUAUUGUUAUUUAAUUCGUUAAUACAUAUUUAAUAAUUAUCUCUUAAUGCGAUUUCCACUCCAAUUUUGUUGCUCACGGGAAACCCAUCGCCGAUGACAAUUGGCCUAAUAUUUCCCCGGUGCGUCACAGACGAACCCAUCUCUGCUUUGCAAGCGGAAGCGGACCUGAUCAGUGUUGUUCAUUGAAUAGCUAAUCUUCUUGGUUCUUUCGGUAAAGUCCCUUCUACGUGACUUUACCGAAAGAACAAAGAAGAUGAAUCCCUGCAGUCACGAAAGCUUUAAAUCGAAAAAUGAAUAGCUAAUGUUUUAAUGUUGUGCACAUACUCUUAUAUGUAAAGCUAGUGAUAUUUCAAAAUGUCAGGCUAGCCUUCCAGUGAAUGCCUGCCAUUGUUAAUCUUUGCUCCACCAGUGGUCGAAUAAUAACAAGCGCUGGGUGGAUUUUUUUUGCAAAUUUGCAGAGCUCCUUGGAUGGUUGGAGUGCUUGUCGUUAACUCUUUUUUUGGUAAACUCGCUCAUAGUUUAAAGUUAAAUAAAGUUUCUUAAGUGCCCGCUCAAAAUUGUUGAGGCUGUGAUGUCGUGAGGGCUUCGUUUAUUGUGGGUAAUCGUGUAUUUGAAUAAAGUUUGAGCUCUUGAAAUUACUAGAAAUGGGCACUUCUAUU